AUGGAAAAGCUUGUUCAGGAGAUGCAGCAGUCCAAGUCUGGUGUUCCAGUUCGCAGCCAAAAGACAUUUCUUACAUUCAUUCCCUCAGUUUUCACUGGCAAUGAUUUGAUACAGUGGUUGGCUGCCCGCUUGAAGAUCAGUGAAGAAGAACAUAUGGAGGCAGUAAGGCUUGCCAUGCUACUGUGUCAUUAUGGGUAUAUAUUUCCAGUAGGUGACUCCAGAAAUUUGACUGUCAAGGAAGAUGCAUCAUUGUAUCGGUUUCAAAAGCCAUACUAUUGGCCUUCACAAAAUGCAGAACCUGACAAUGUCUCUUAUGCAAUCCAUUUAGUGAAACGUUCUAUGCGUAACAAACAGAAGCAUGGCCUUGAUGACUAUGAGCAGGCAAGUUUGUCAAAACUACAAACAAUGCUGUGUGACAAGUGGGAUUUUAUUGUUGCCCAAGCACAAGACCAAGUCAAGAUAGCCAAAGAAAGGAAAAGAACUGAUAAAGCCAUAAUGGACAGUCAAGAAAAAGCAUUCUGGAGAAUACAUCGACCUCCUCCUGGCUGCAUAAAGACUCUUGACGAUGGACCAAAACGAAACUUCCAGCCGAGUCAGAUAGCAGCAAGACGGAAAAAGAACAAAGACUUACUGCAGAAAGAAAUUCAAUAUUUACACAGAUCUCUCACUAUAUGUCGAGUGAAAUCCUCAAAGGCAAUUGAAAACCUGGAGCAUUUUGCUGAGAACUUUAUGGAUAUAGAUCCUAUGAUAACACCACCAUUACCAUCAAAUCCAUGGAUCUCUGAUGACACCUCAUACUUUGAUAUUAUCGAAAACUAUACUGAAAUUCCAACUGAACAGAGAGUGAAAAAAUGGGCAUACAGUUUGCAAGUUCUUCUAGGAGAUCCACGAGGCAGACUUGAAUUUGAAAACUUUCUAUUGAAAGAGUACAGUCAUGAGAAUUUCGGCUUCUGGACAGCUUGUGAGGAGUUGAAAUUUUGUAGGCAGUCGGAGGUUGCAGAAAAAAUUAAGAAAAUUGCAGAAGAAUUCCUAACAGAUGGAGCCCCACAUGAAAUCAACAUUGACAGCAGAUGUGCUGAAGAAGUGCAAAGAAAUAUGAAAUUGCCAAAACCAAAUAGGUACACAUUCGAUGGUGCCCAAGAACAGAUAUUUUCCUUAAUGAAAAAAGACACCUAUCAGAGAUUUUUACGUUCUGACCAGUAUAAAAAUCUGUUAGCCAUUGCCAUACAGCCUGGUGGGAAAAAGAAGUUUUUUAGCUUUGGAUCCCGCAAAAAGAAUACACUGACUCCAAGUCCUAAACCAAAGCGCAGAGGGAGCGCUGGCAAUGAUGCUGACAUGGAAAACCCUGCAGUUGCACAUCAUUCCUAUAGUACAGGCAACUUGAGGGAACUGGAUGAAAAGUCCUCGGUCAUGAUACGGCGAGAUGCAAACUCCUCAGACAGCAGUCUAGCAAGUGACACGACUCCAAACCUGGUGGCCCGGCACAGCCUACGUUCAAAUCAGGAGAGCCCAAGAAAAAGCAAACAGCUAGAGGUGCCUAAGUAUUCCGGCAUACACGUUACCGAUGCCAGUAAAAGUGAGACCGCUUCCUGUCUGGCUAUAACCGUUCCAAGUAAAACCAAUGUGGUGGCUCCGUGGGAAGGAGCGGACUGA